AUGGGACUGGCACGAUACCGUAGUCCAAUCACAGCCGAGAUAAACACUGACCAAUCAGCGCGCUCUCAGGGCGUCAGAGGUGCACUAGUCCCAAAGAAGACAGCGGGUAGGGCUAAACCUAGGUCUCCGUUCCGCACGACGCUAAGCGACCAAAUGGUCGGCAAGACGAACUUUGCGACUGCAGCGACUGAACGACGACGACGACAUCGACAAACCCCCUUCAGUGGAAUCCAGAUCCCCUUGAUUCAAGAUGAGUACGUUUGUUUGAUCGCCGUCCACGCCGACGAAUACGCAGCAGGAAAGACUGACAGUCCUACAGCGAAGGGUACCUCCAGCUUUGGAAAGCGUUCAUUCCACAUCCAGAAGAGCGUCUGCGCCAACUGCGGCUACCCUGCUGCUAAGACAAGAAAGUUCAACUGGAGCGAGAAGGCCAAGCGCCGCAAGACCACCGGCACUGGUCGCAUGCGUUACCUCAAGACCGUCGACCGCAAAUUCCAGAACGGCUUCCAAACCGGUACUCCCAAGGGUGCUCGUGGCCCCACGACUGCUUAA